UUCAGACUAUUUGUGGCAGUGUCCUCUCUGAUGCUGCUCACUCAGAGAAUCACCUCAGUGUCUAUGGACCUCCAGGAGAAACAAGCUACAUUAACAUUUAAAGCUUCAUCCAGAAGGAAGACUUGUGUGAUGCUUUUCCCUCUUAUCAGCUACAUCCUCAAUUUCACCACACUGCUUGGUGGCCCUUUGUGUUCCUACAGCCGAUUUGUGUCCCUAAUGGAGGGAUUCCACCUCAGCCCUCCACCCAGUCCAUUGGGGGUGGUGUUCCUAAAGUUGAUACAGGUGUUAUUGCUGGAGAUGGUAAGGUGCUGUCUUAUCUAUGUUAUAAAACAAAACAUCUAUGACCCCUCUUGCUCUGCUGUUCUCUGUGGUGUCCUGUGGAUGUGGAGUCUCGCACUGGUUUUGAGGAUCCAAUAUUACUCUCACUGGAGAAUCAGCGAAUGCCUCAAUAACGCAGCUGGCUUUGGCUUUUGGGAGGAAUCAUCAGGAGACAACCGGGACUGGAGUGGAUUAUCCGAUGGGGAUUUCUGGACCACUGAGACAUCAACCCGUGUGUCAGAAUUUGCCCGUCGAUGGAACGCCACAACAGCUUGUUGGCUGCGUAGACUGGUUUAUAUGAGGUGCAAAUGUUUCCCACUGUUCAUGACAUUUGGUUUUUCACUGUGGUGGCAUGGUUUACACGUAGGUCACUUUGUAGGGUUUCUGACCUGGGCAGCAACAGUGAAAGCAGACCACUAUAUACACAGGUAUUUGCACCGAAAGCCUUCUUCAACAUGGAGGAAGCUGCUGUACACGUGUUUAUGCUGGAUAAACACUCAAAUGAUUAUAACCUGUGUUGUUAUAACUACAGAAUUAAGAAAUAUGUCUGGCUUGAGACUUUUGUCUUUAACAUACAUAGGUCUGUUUCCACUUUGUAAUAUAAUGCUACUGAUUUUAUUAAAAUUCAACAUACUUUACUAACACACUCCCAUACUGACAGUGGCAAAGAAACCCUUUGAAAAUAUCUGGUUUUCUGUGUUCAUUGGCCAUAAAAUGUGAUAAUUAAACCUGCAUUAAAAUAAACGACACCAUGUUAUGUGAGAGAGCAAUUAAUAGCACUAAUUUCUGAAAACAAGCUCUGAAUUCUGCAGGUAUAUGCAGCUU